AUGCCGUCGAAAUUCGCCGCGAUGAGGCGCUCGGCGGCGGCUUCUGCCUCUGCUGCUGCCCCUGGCACUGCAAUGGCUCGCACUUUGCGUAUGGCACGUCAAUCCGGCAGUCUGAACUUGUCCUCGCGCGACUUGGUAUCGUUUCCUGACGAAGUCUUCCGUCUCUACGAGCAACUGGACGACGACGAACGCAGUUGGGAGUGCGCUGUUCUCCGUAAAUUGGACCUGAGCUACAAUGACAUUGUAGAGAUCCCGAGUCAAGUAGAGACGCUUAAGUACCUCGUGAACUUCAAGAUGCGUCACAAUCACUUGCGUCAAGUGCCAUUGUCGUUGUGGAAUGUGGAAACGCUUACGCUGCUCGACCUCAGCAACAAUGACUUAGGCGGGUGUUUGCCGGAAGACUUGGGCAAGUUGUACAAGCUGAGAGAGCUAGGACUGGAAGGGAACAAGUUGACGCACUUGCCUGAAUCUCUUGGCGCCCUGAUUCACUUGGAGGUGUUACGGGUGGAGAGCAACCAUUUGACGAUGCUGCCUUCGACAAUAGGUUAUCUUCGAAGUUUGAAAUCGUUCUCGGCGUACUCAAAUCAGAUUACGGAGCUGCCAUUAUCAUUUGGCGAGCUCACGAACUUGCAGACGGUGGAUUUGAAGAAGAACUGCUUGGUUACUACGCAUGACGCUUUUCGUAAGCUGGUAUCGAUCAAGUACAUCGAUCUGCGUCAGAAUAAGCUGACGGUGUUCCCGAUGCUUCCAGAGGACAGUGUGUGCUUAGAUCAGCUGUUCCUAGGCUUUAACAUGCUGCGCGAAAUUCCAGAGCACGUCGUUUCGAGUGUGAUGGAGUCGCUCACGGUGCUUGAUGUGAGUGACAACAAGCUGCAGCAGUUGUCGGAUGGCAUUCCUCGGUUGUACCGCCUGAAGACACUAGAUGUCAGCAAUAAUGAUUUGCACGAUUUACCAGCAGGACUAGGCUACCUGAAGUAUCUCGACCAUCUGCUUGUUGAGGGCAACCCUCUGCGCUCGAUUCGACGGUCCGUCAUUUCAUCAGGUACUGAGCCGCUCAAGAAGUACUUGCGCACUCGGGGUGGACCGCCGGUAGGGGUUGACGCUAUCGAGGAGGAGGUGGACGAGUUUACCAUGAGACAGAGGGAAGCAAAGCAGGAUGAGCCCAUGCCUGAAGAAGCACCCCAUGAAGACGAGUAUCUAUUCCGAGAAGCCGCCGCAUCGGGGAAAUUACAGCUCGUCGAUAUGCGACUACAGCACCUGCCGACGCAACUUCACGUCGCAGGAAAGUAUCGAUUUAAUGAAUCUCUACAGCAGCUGGAUCUUUCCAAGAACUGGCUACAGGAGCUUCCUGCAGCGAUUGGUGACCUGACAUCCCUUCAUACACUCACUGCUGUGCAAUGUGGAUUGAAGUCAGUUCACUCUUCCAUCGCGAUGCUGCCGAGUCUGAAACAUUUGCGACUCAGCAAAAACUCGCUAACGACAGACGCUGUGAAUACUAUUCUCGCCUCGGAUACUCAUGGUGUAUGCCUGUCCCUUACAGAGCUGGACCUCCGCAACAACAUGUUGACGGACAUCCCGCAGAACUUGCAACAUCUGAAGUCUAUCGACACUCUCGUACUCUCUUUCAACCGUCUGCGAGUGUUAGACGGGUUUCCAUGGUCUACAAUGCGCCAUCUAUCUGUGCUAAGCAUUGCUGACAAUCGGUUGGAGUCGUGCGGGACCGUUUACCAAGUGCCGAAAUUGACAUCGCUUUCUCUGGAGAACAACGAGUUGCGUCAGAUUCCGGCAGAGCUUGCACUUUGCGAAAGUCUUCGCGCCCUCUACCUCGCUGGUAACCCGCAGCGAGGGAUCCGAGCUCACGUUUUGAACAGCGGCACUGAAGCCGUAUUGAAGUAUCUGCGUAGCCGGCUUCCUCCCGACGCCUCACCGCUCACUGUAAGUCAGGGGCCAGAGCACUCUGCCGGUACUGCAAAAAGUCCGAACUGUGUCAACCGGGGCGACGAACGAGUUGUUGAUCCACCUGUAGUCGCACCUACACCAAACGCGGUUAAGCCAAAGCGACUCUGCGUAGAUCUGUCAACGUCAUCGCCUCGACCACUGAGCCCAGCAACCCCAAGCACUGGCGUACGAUCGUUGAAGCCGGCAACUGCGUCAGCACCUGUUGAAGCCGCAGCUGAAAUACUGGUUUCUUCCGCCGCUGACGAAGUCCUGGCUGAGCUGGACGUUAAAAUCCAGAACCUAGAGCAGCAGCUGGACGAUUUUGCUGUCACAGCCGCGAAACGCUUUGCCUUGAAGAAGGACUUAGCCAUGACACGAUCGCUGAAGAUUCGUCAUAUGCGCAUGAUUGGUCAGAAGUCCUGA